AUGGCUCGAAAGCAGAGGGCAGCUGCACAGGCAGCUGCACAAUCCCUGAGAGCUGCUCCGCAACCACUCGAAGAAGAAAUGGUUGACGCUGCAUCCAACGCAACUAGUCCGCGCGACGACGAUGGGAAUGCGCCCGACAAGAGAGACGAUACCCCGGCUGCGGAAGAGUAUGAGGCGGGAUCGCAAACAGAACGACAGGCUGAAGAAUCUGAACGUCCGUCAUCCGUUGCGCCAGAUACCCCCAUAAAAACUGGUCGAGUAUCUGCUAUUCCAAGAAAACGCGGAGGUCGAGUUGGUCGCCCACCCAAAAUAAGACCCCCUGUCACAGAUGACGGAAAUGGGGAGACACGUUCAGAAGUUACAACACCCGUCAAGCGAAGAGGUCGAGGUCGCCCGUCAGCUGGUGGACGCUGGGGAAGAGCUAAAGGCGGCCCUUCUCAUGUCACGCAAGUCCCCAUAGAUAAAGAGGGAAAUAUGAUGGACGUUGUCAAUGAUGAGGUUGACCUUCCAGAAGACCCAGAGGGUGAGACAAAAGUUGACAAGCUGGGGAAUCUUCUUGGUGGUCGAGAAUACCGGGUGCGGACAUUCACGAUUUUAAACAAAGGUGAAAGACUCUACAUGCUUUCAACAGAGCCGGCGCGUUGCAUAGGAUUUCGCGACUCGUACUUGUUUUUCCAAAAGCACAAACUUCUUUUCAAGAUCAUCAUUGAUGACGACGCGAAACGUGACCUCAUUGAGAGAGAGCUUAUACCCCACUCCUACAAGGGACGUGCCAUCGGUGUCGUAACAGCUCGAUCAGUAUUUCGCGAGUUUGGUGCGAAGAUAAUUAUUGGUGGACGAAAAGUUAUCGACGACUACUCUGCGCAAGCUGCUAGGGAACGAGGCGACGUGGAAGGUGAACUUGCUGUGCCCGAAGACAAACUCCCAGGCCCAGGGGAAACAUACGACAAGAAUCGAUACGUUGCUUGGCACGGAGCCAGUAGUGUAUAUCAUUCUGGAGUCCCCUCUGUGCCCAUGCCAAUGGGAAAAAUCACGGAUCCAAAGAAACGAAAGGUUGUGAUAACUAAUGAUAACUGGAUGAUUGAGCAUUCCAGAGAAGCAAGUCGGUUCAACUCCUCUAUCCUAGCGACUCGCCGUGAGAAUCUCAACGGACAAUAUGAUAUCCAUACAAACACCAUGCUCUAUCCCAGGAUUAUGCAACCCACUCAUUUCCGAUGGGAAGUUGUUCCCCCCCCAGAAACCAGCCAAGCAAACAGAUCCGAGCUCUUCCGCAGCGCUUCGACAGCUGCCCUCGGUCUCUCCAAAGACACGCCCGCAACCCCUGCCGGGAAUGCAAGCAAGCCGCCCAAUGGCCACUCUGUCAAAGCUGAAAAGGACAAACCCGCCCGGAAAAACGCAUCAACAAUCUUCCCCCCUGUCCCCGCCGUUUUCAGCCGCAAGUUUGAAAUUCACGAUAUCCUCUAUGAAUCACCACCAGACUCGACACUGAGUCGUCCUGGGCCAGAUGGCGAUUCACAAGACAUAGGCCAGAAUGGACUAAUUACUCUUUCGACAGGCCGCUAUAACCCUAUGUUCCAGAUGAGUCCGGAGAUCCUGGCGCAACUACCGCCUGACUGCAAGGUUGCGUACCGCGAAGCAGCAGUCCGGGAGUGGGAGUGGAAGCGCCGUUGGGGAACCGAGACGGAGGAUGCAUCCAGAGCGCCCAUGGGAUAUAAUUAUGCGUGGACUCCGUGA